AUGAACAGCGCAGCUGUAGCAAAAUGUUCUGUUCGGUUUGUUGCCUUCUUCUUUUUACCGGCAGUGGCGAGACUUAGCUAAAGAGACGACAGGCAAGGAGAGAGAGGAGUAAAUUGAAGAAAAUUACAUAAACUAUGCAUUUGGAAUUUCCGUGUCUUAAAACAGAACAGGAGAAGGUGUUCUUCAGUGAGCGGUAGAGCUGCUCUGUCUCAGUCCAAUCAGAGUUCCCAGACCACCGCUCCGCCAGGUGUAUCAGACCGCUGGGAAUGACUGCGCCUUCACAACCUCACCAGGAGUGGGCGCUGGAGGACAACGCCCACAUCAACCACACAGCCAGGAGCAUCUUCCUUCCUUUAGCUAGGAGAGCCUUUCUUUCUACCUUUAGCUAGGAUAGUGUACUUUGUUUGUGUGAGCCUGCGAGUCCAGUCCUGGGUUGAGAUACAGUUUUGUUGCUGGUGAUUGGAGAAGAGAGGGAGAGCUUCCCAGACCACCAGGAGAGGAGAGACCGUGAAGACGGCUGCCCGAUCCGGAUCAGUUCACCAGAUCUUUACUCUCACUAUUGCUGGCUUAAUUAGUAGUUAUCAGCUCAACCGUUGGAAGUCCAUAGGCUAAAUAUAAAUGAUAUGCAGACACACUUUCAGGACUACCCCCUGCUCAGUGUGAGGUGCUCUGUUCCCCUCCACGUCCGCUGCCGGUCUGGUGGAUGUUUUGGCGGCUCUGAGGACUGCAUGGCAGUGGAGUGAUCGUGGAGAGGCCAGGGUACCACAAACUUAUGGACUUUGACAAGAGAGGAGGAGGAGGAAAGGGGGAGGCAGAGGAAGGGAAGAAGAUGUCAAAGUCCGGAGGGAGCCGGUCGGGGCAUGGCAGUCGCAGCUCGGGGAGCAACUCCGGGGUGCUCAUGGUGGGCCCUAACUUCCGGGUCGGGAAGAAGAUCGGCUGUGGGAACUUUGGAGAGCUUCGCCUGGGGAAGAACCUGUACACUAAUGAAUAUGUGGCCAUCAAACUGGAGCCCCUCAAGUCGCGGGCCCCACAGCUCCACCUGGAGUACAGGUUCUAUAAGCAGCUGGGGAGUUCAGAGGGCGUCCCCCAGGUAUUCUACUUUGGGCCCUGUGGGAAGUAUAAUGCCAUGGUUCUGGAGCUGCUGGGACCCAGUCUGGAAGACCUGUUUGAUCUGUGUGACAGAACCUUCUCCCUCAAGACCGUCCUCAUGAUCGCAAUUCAGCUGAUCACGCGGAUGGAGUUCGUCCACACCAGGAGUCUGAUCUACCGGGACGUGAAGCCUGAGAACUUCCUGGUUGGCCGGCCCGGCAGCAAGCGGCAGCACACCAUCCACAUCAUCGACUUCGGCCUGGCCAAAGAGUACAUCGACCCUGAGACCAAGAAACACAUCCCUUACAGGGAGCACAAGAGCCUGACGGGAACCGCACGUUACAUGAGCGUCAAUACUCACCUGGGUAAAGAACAAAGCAGGAGAGAUGACCUGGAAGCUCUAGGUCACAUGUUCAUGUACUUCCUGCGAGGCAGUCUGCCCUGGCAAGGCCUGAAGGCAGACACUCUGAAGGAGCGCUAUCAGAAGAUAGGUGACACCAAGAGAACCACACCCAUCGAGGUGCUGUGUGAGAGCUUCCCAGAAGAGAUGGCCACCUACCUGCGUUAUGUGCGGCGCCUGGAUUUCUUUGAGAAGCCGGACUACGACUACUUACGGAAACUCUUCACCGACCUCUUCGACAGGAACGGCUACGUCUUUGAUUACGAGUACGACUGGGUCGGCAAGCCACUGCCUACUCCCAUUGGUUCAGUCCCCAGUGAGACCCUUCUACAGUCCAGCAGCAGAGACAAGGCAACGCAGCAGACCAAAAACCAGUCGCCAGAACCCAAAGGAAGUGAGUCUCAGCCCACUCCAGUGACCAAUAGGGAGCUGCUGGGGUCCCAUCUAACAGCUGAUGGGCUGGGGGGCUCCGUCCAGGUGAUGAGUUCGACCAAUGGGGAGCUGAAUACAGACGAUCCGACUGCGGGCCACUCCAACACCCCCAUCACCGCCCCGGCCGAGGUGGAGGUGGCCGACGACACAAAGUGCUGCUGUUUCUUUAAGAGGAGGACGGGGCAAGGCCUCCAGAGACACUAGUGAAGAAGAGGCAAGGCCUCCGGCGACACUAGUGAAGGGGAGAGGCCUCCGGCGACACUAGUGAAGGGGAGAGGCCUCCGGCGACACUAGUGAAGGGGAGAGGCCUCCGGCGACACUCGUAAAGGGGAGCGGCCUCCGGCGGCACUCGUGAAGGGGAGCGGCCUCCGGCGGCACUCGUGAAGGGGAGCGGCCUCCGGCGGCACUCGUGAAGGGGAGCGGCCUCCGGCGGCACUCGUGAAGGGGAGCGGCCUCCGGCGGCACUCGUGAAGGGGAGAGGCCUCCGGCGGCACUCGUGAAGGGGAGAGGCCUCCGGCGGCACUCGUGAAGGGGAGAGGCCUCCGGCGGCACUCGUGAAGGGGAGAGGCCUCCGGCGACACUCGUGAAGGGGAGAGGCCUCCGGCGGCACUCGUGAAGGGGAGAGGCCUCCGGCGGCACUCGUGAAGGGGAGAGGCCUCCGGCGGCACUCGUGAAGGGGAGAGGCCUCCGGCGGCACUCGUGAAGGCACAAGACGGACUGACGGGAGGAAAGCAGUACUGAAAUUGAGCUGAGUGCUCUACACCCUCCUAUCUCUCUCUUUGUACAGUUAGAGCGCUCCCUGUUGAUCCUCCUGCAGUACUACAACACAGACUAAUGCCUGCUGUGAUGACCUGCCUUGUGCAGACAGACAGACCGGCAGGACCAAACGGACCAUAACCAUGAUUGUCUGUGUGCUUGGAGCUGAGAGGAUCAGAAGAAAUUCAUGUUUAUAUUUCUAUAAUGGAUGGAUGGAUGGAUAGCGGGGCGGAAAGAUGACCCUCAUAACGGACUGAUGGAGAGAGCUAGAAAAGACCUGAGAUGCAUAAAUAAGACAUUAUUUAAGGACAGAAAGACUGUUGGAAACUGUUUGUGUUCCAUAUAAACGUUCUGAACUGGAGGACAGAGAAACAGACUACUGUAACACAGUAGUGAUACCAUGCUCCAUUUACCAAGUCGUUGGUAAACUCCAGUAUAACAGACAGGAAAGAAAAAGUAAAAUGCAUGAACACCAGAAUCAGAAGGAAAAUGAAUACAACUUCUUUCCUUUUGUAUUUUAAAAUGAAGUUUUGAAACCCACUGAGUUGUUGAACAGUUGUACUUCGUUGUUCUUUAGAGCAUCUUCAGGAAACAGAGCUUUUUUCUCUUUAUUUCAUUCUGUUUUCUCAUUUCCUGUGGAUGGAUGUUGGUGACGGAUAGUGGCUGCUCUCAGGUACUGUGGGGGGGGGGGGGGGGGAGAUAAACAAAUAUUUAAUCUCUUUAAAAUUGCACUUUAGAUGGGGGGGGAGUUCAUGGAAUUCUGGGAUUAAAGUUUAACACCGACAAACAGAAAUACAAGCAGAUGUAGGAACAUUGAAACAUUGAACUGAAAGCAGUGAACCAGUACGGUUUUAUAACUACAGGUAGCCUGUAUAAAACUGGUGUGACUCAAAUGGCACCCUACUGCCAAUAUGUUGCACUAAUGACCUAAAUCAUAUGGGUCCUGGUCAAAAGUAGUUCACUAAAAGGUAAAUGGGUGCUGUUUGGGACAAGCCCUAAGCGUCAAUGGGUUUUAUGUUGCUUGUCCAAGUCAGUCACUUGGAAGUCAUAAUUUGUGCCAUUUUUUUUUUUUAAACGAAUGUCACAUUUUGAAAUGUGGAACAUAUUUAGGCUUGCGUAUCUUUUUGUAAAUGUUCUUAAUGAGCAUUCUCAACUUGUUAAUAUCUCUGGUGACACACACAUGCAAUGAAAUGUGUAUAGUAGUAAAAAACAAAAUGUAUAGUUGAGACCCAAUGUCACAACAGGUUAUGACACGGUCGUAGUCAUGUCACAACGGCUAACAUUACUUGUCACAACCUGUUGUCAAAUCAAAUUUUAUUUGUCACGUACACAGAUGUUAAUGCGAGUGUAGCGAAAUGCUUGUGCUUCUAGUUCUGACAGUGCAGUAAUAUCUAACAAAUA